AUGAAUGUGUCUGAGGAGACCCACGAUGGAGUCUGUAACACUCAUCAUGAUAAGCAGACCAAAGUUGAGAGCAUCAUGAGGCAGUGGAGACCAGACCCAGCUGGACCCACGUGUGUGUCCAUGAAGAGCGACUCGUCCAUGUUUGAGCCGAUGUUUUUCAAGGAUGGGCAACAAAUCCCUGCUGAGGCACAGAAGAGACCGGACUCACCUGGACCCACCUGUGUGUCCAUGAAGAGCGACUCGUCCAUGUUUGAGCCGAUGUUUUUCAAGGAUGGGCAACAAAUCCAAGUGAACCAGGAGAGACCAGACCCACCUGGAACCAGCCUCGUGUCCAUGAGGAGCGAGCGGUUUAAGAGUGUACCCAUAGAGUUCAGAGUUGAUUGGACGAAGUUCAAGCCAAGACCUCACAGGAGGAGAGCUGAGGUCAUCAGUGAGCGUCAUUCCGGGAAACAUCUGACAAACCUGGACUCCAUUUUCACACUUCUUGAGGAGAAUAUUGUGACUUUUGUGAAGAAUGAGCUGAGAGGGUUCAGGAACGUGCUGGAUGCAGAAUGCUUAGGGAAGCUAAGAGAGGAUGAAGACGACGACAUGGUUGGUGAAGAAGAAGAUCAGAGAAGCAACAAAGAAGCAUUUCUGAAGAUCACUCUGAGUUUCCUGAGGAGAAUAAAGCAGGAGACCCUGGCUAACUCUCUGCAGCGCAAAACUCUUGCUGUGAUUUGUCAACGUAAGCUAAAGUCAAGACUAAAGAGGAACUUUCAGUAUCUGUUUGAGGGAAUAGCAAAAGCAAGAAACCCGACCCUCCUAAAUCACAUCUACACGCAGCUGUGCAUCACAGCAGGAGAAAACAGAGAGAUGAAUGAUCAACAUGAGGUCAGGCAGGUAGAAGCAGUUUCACAAAAAUCAGCAAGUUCAGAGAAAACCAUAAGAUGUGAGGAUAUAUUUGGGCCUUUGCCUGAGGGAGCUGCACCAGUCAGAACCGUGGUCACAACGGGAGUGGCUGGCAUUGGGAAAACAGUCCUGACGCAGAAGUUCAUCCUGGACUGGGCUGAAGACAAAGCCAACAGAAAUAUUCAGUUUAUAUUUCCAUUUACUUUCCGAGAGCUCAAUUUGCUGAAAAAGAAGAAGUUCAGCUUGGUGGAACUUCUUCAUCACGUCUUUACCGAAACCAAAGAAGCAGGAAUCUGCAAAUUCAAUGAGCUCAAUGUUGUGUUUAUCUUUGACGGUUUGGACGAGUGUCAGCUUCCUCUGGACUUCCACAAUAAUGAGAUCCUAACUGAUGUCACACAGCCAACUUCAAUUGAAGUGCUGCUGACAAAUCUCAUCAGAGGUAAGCUACUCCCCUCUGCCAACAUCUGGAUAACAACUCGGCCAGCAGCAGCAAAUCAGAUCCCGCCUGAAUGCAUUGACAUGGUGACAGAGGUGAAAGGGUUCAGUGACCCUCAGAAGGAAAUGUACUUCAGGAAGAAAUUCAGAGAUGAAGCGCAGGCCAGCAGAGUCAUCUCCCACAUUAAGACAUCCAAAAGCCUCCACAAUAUGUGCUACAUCCCGGUCUUCUGCUGGAUCAAUGCUGCGGUUUUAGAUGAGCUUUUGAAAACCAGAGAGAGGGGAGAACUUCCUAAGACCCUGACUGAGAUGUACAUCCACUUCCUAGUGGUUCAGACCAAACAGGGUAAUGUCAAGUAUCACAGCGAUGCAUCAACAGAUUCAGUCUGGAACACAAAGUCCAUUAAGACCAUUCUCACUCUGGGGAAACUGGCUUUCGAGCAGCUGGAAAAAGGAAACUUUAUCUUCUGUGAAGCAGACCUAAAAGAGUGUGGAGUAGACAUACAUGCUGCCUCGGUCUACUCAGGACUAUUCACAGAGAUCCUCAAAGAAGAGUAUCAUGGGCCAAGCCAGGAUAAAGUGUUCAGCUUUGUGCAUCUGAGCAUUCAAGAGUUUCUGGCAGCACUUUAUGUUUUUUUGACGUUCAUCAACCAUGGCGAUGACCUUCUGAGAAAAAAACAGUUUGCCUCAAUACAGCCUCUGCCAUUAGGGCAUAGUUCUAGCUUUAAACAUUUCUACCAGAGAGCAGUGGACAAGGCUUUACAGAGUCCAAAUGGACACCUGGACCUGUUUAUCCGCUUCCUCUUGGGACUUUCACUGGAGACCAAUCAGACACUGCUAAGAGGCCUGCUGAACAAGACAAGAGGCAAACCACAGGACACUGUUGCAGUGUACAUCAAGAAGAAGAUCCAGGACAAUCCUUCUCCAGAGAAGAGCAUCAAUUUGUUCCACUGUCUGAAUGAGCUGAAUGACCUCUCUCUGGUAGAGGAGAUGCAACAAUACCUGAGAUCUGGAAGUCAGUCUAAAAACGAACUCUCUCCUGCACAGUGCUCAGCGCUCAUUUUUAUCUUACUGUCGUCACAAAAAGAUCUUGAUGAGAUUGACCUGAGGCAAUUCUCUGCCUCAGAGAAGGGACUGCUGAGGCUGCUGCCAGUGGUUAAAGCUUCCAAAACCUCCAUGCUGAGUGGCUGUAACCUCUCGAGUAGAAGUUGUGCAGCAUUGACCCCAGUUUUGUCCUCCAUGAACUCUUCUCUGAGGAAGCUGGACCUAAGUAACAAUGACCUGCAUGAUAAAGGAGUAGAGUUACUCUCAGAUGGACUGAAGAGUCCUCACUGUAGAUUGGAGAUUCUAAGCCUCUCAGGCUGUCUGGUCACAGAGAAAGGCUGCACUUUUCUGGACUCAGCUCUUAACUCAAACCCCUCCUAUCUGAAAGAGCUGGACCUGAGCUACAAUCAUCCGGGAGACUCAGGAGUGAAGCUGCUCCGUGCUGGAAUGGAUAACCGACAGUGGAAACUGGAAACUCUCAAGAUUGAUCAUUGUGGAAAAGAUCGGCUGAAGCCAUCACUACUUAGGUAUUUCAUUGAGCUUAUAUUGGACCCCAUCACAGCAGAUAGGAACCUGUUGCUUUCUGACGACAACAAAGGAGUGAUGUUGGUAAGAGAAAAGCAGCUGUAUCUUGAUCAUCCGGACAGAUUUGACACCUGGAAACAGCUGCUGUGCGAUCAAGGCCUCACUGGACGUAGUUAUUGGGAGGUCAAGUACAAUGGAAGGGUAAACAUAGGAGUGACUUACAGUGGCAUCAACAGGAGAGGAGAUGGUGAUGACUGCUGCAUUGGAUGGAACGAUCAGUCCUGGAGUCUGGUCUGCUCCCCUCAGGGUUACACUGCCUGGCACAAUAACACACCAACAGAGAUAACUAAACCCCAGGUCUCUUGUUCUAAUGGGGUAGCAGUGUAUCUGGACUGGCCUGCUGGCACUGUGUCCUUCUACUGUCUCCCAUCCAUAGUCUCCUCAGUCAAACCAACCCACCUCCACACCUUCCACUCAACGUUCACAGAACCCCUCUUCCCUGCCUUCGGGUUUGGACGGAUGCUUGAGGUGAUGACCGACUCGACUUUAUCACCAGCUUCAGUGUAUCUGACACAUAUAGGCGAAUGAA